GCGGGAGCAUUUUUAAUCAAUCCACUUGCUUUAUGACUGCGUAAGAAGUUUUCUGGGGGGGAAAGCAUGCCAGGAAGCACUGAGUGCCCCUUUUUCCUGUGGGGCCUUCUAGCCGUGCUGGGUUUGGCUCUAAUUAUAUCGCUGAUCUUCAAUAUUUCCCACUGUGUAGAAAAGCAGCGACAAGAUAAAAUGCACAGAUACUCUGAUGACUACAUUCCCAGGGAUGAUGAAUGUGACAUUGAAGAUACACCAAUUUAUGGUAAUUUAGAUAAUAUAAUCCCAGAACUGAUCGAUGAAGACUGCUAUGAACAAAUGAAAGCCCAGCCAGAAAGAUCUAUAAACAAUGUGCAAGAAGUCACACGCUCUGCACAGGUUAUAACUGAAGGGCAGAUGUGUUAUGCCUCACUUGACCAUAGCUUCAAGGGGAAGCGCAGAAAACCAAGGAAACAGAAUACUCAUCCGUCAGACAAGGAGAGAGACGAGCUGCUGUAUGCCAUGGAGUUCAACACAGCUAAAACCAAUCCAGUAGAGAAUUUCUCAGCAGAAAGCCAGGCAAUGGAGGAAAACAUUCAUGAUGAUCCCGUCAGACUGUUUGGGUUGAUUCGUGCUAAGAGAGAACCUGUCAUCUAGAGGGAGUGUGAUCAGACUCUGUGGUAAUGCUGGUAUUAGAGAUGAUUGAUAGAAAAGCAAGAUCUUCACAAGACAAGAAUGACCUAGCAGGAGGACGAUAUGAUCAUGUGUUGAUGGUAUGGAGCCUGACCUCUUAUUCAGAGACAGCAUCCAGUCACACU